GCAGGGGUUUACUAUGUAGUUUGUAUGGCUUGGGAUCUACGUGCUGAAUCUCUUGAUUGGGUUCUUGUCGCCGAUGGUGGAUCCGGAGAUCGAGGCUUUGGAUGGGGCGUCGCUGCCGAUGAGGGGGUCUGAUGAGUUCAAGCCCUUCAUUCGCCGGCUGCCCGAGUUCAAGUUCUGGUACGCCAUAACAAAAGCCCUCUGUGUGGCAUUUUUUAUGACCUUCUUCUCGAUAUUUGAUGUUCCAGUUUUCUGGCCCAUACUACUUUUCUACUGGAUUGUUCUUUUUGUCUUGACCAUGAAGCGCCAGAUUCUACACAUGAUCAAGUACAAAUAUGUCCCAUUCAGCAUUGGGAAGCAGAGGUAUGGCAAGAAGAAGCCUUCAGCAUCAAGUAGUCGGUUAUCCAAAGAUUAACAGCUAGGUCGAGUUCCAAGCAUAAAAAGAUACCAGAAGCACGGAGAUGGGGGCAAGAAAGUAGUUGACAGAUUGGUGGAUGUGUUGUGGAUACCAUAAUAUGAAAAAUAUUCAUCAAAAUUUAUGUUAGGCCUGAUGAAAUGUAUGUCAACAGCUUUGUUGUGGGAGAGGUGACAUUCUCUGCAGAAGAUGAAAAUACACAAUACAUCAAAUGUGAAUUCUUUCACUUGCUGUUCCCUGUUGUGCUUUAUCACACCAGUUUAUGUAUAAAUUUUCUAUAAAAUUGAUGGCUAAACUAGAUUUAUGCUUUA